AUGCUUGUCAACUCUGCCGUUGUAGUUGCGCUCCUCGCGAGCUUCGGUGCUGCGGUGACCACCGACAACUCCACCAUCGACGCCAGCACUGUUGCGCCUACAACCAGAUCGCAAUGGUGCGGUGGCCAGCAAAACACAUGCCCGGUCCUUUGCGGCGCCCAAGGUGUUACCAGCAAUGACUGCGAUGUGGAUACCCUGAAGUUCAAAUGCACCUGCAAGAAUGGCUCGGCCCCAGGUCUUCAAUACUACACCAGCACCAUGCCCACCUUCAUCUGCGAGCAGGUCCACGAGAACUGCAUCGUUGCCGGCCAGAACAACGCAGCUGCCCAGAAGCUCUGCAAUGAUGCCGAAAAGAGCAACUGCGGUAAACUGGACCCUUCCAAGUUCACUGAGCCAGCGUCUACCAGCUCCUCAAGCCCAAGCGCAACCGCCACCGGUGCUGGAACUAGUGCCAGCGACGCAGCACCUUCAAGCACAUCCAAAGCUGCCGCUGCUACAAUGGCGGUCAUGGCACGAGAGUAUGGUACUGGCCUCCUCGCUGCCGGAGCCGCUGCCGCUUUCGGCCUCAUGCUCUAA